GUUGAUGCGAAAUUAAAUGGCCGCCUUAUAACGUGAAAACAUUUAGCGGUAUCGGUAUAUUGCUUAUUUAUGAUUUAGAAAAAGGAAGUGUUUUAAAAAAAAGUUAAUGAGGAAGUUAGAUGCAAGGGAGCCCUGGGGGGCGGAUAAGUUAGAGGCUGAACUUGAGGCAGCCCGAGAUAAUCUUAGAGGUUUAGAUCGAAAUAUUCGUAAAAUCCUUGGUCGCGACCUGCCCGACGGGGAAACCGGAUCUCUACAACCAUCGUCCAGACUUGCACAAAAAAGGCCACUGCAUGAUGAGCGACGACGCACAGUUGUUGAUUUAUCAAAUAAUGAUCAUUCUGGCAAUAAAAGACGAUGGCAGAGUGUUGUCGCAGAGCCAAAAACUGUUUUUAGUCGUUUAAGUGCAAAAGUGCCCUCAAAUGCGGAUGACAGUGCCGAUGAGGAUGAUUCUUUUAUUAAGCCGGCAGUUUCGUCGAGAGUGAUUGUGACUCCUCGUGAAGUGCCGUCACGUUCGGAAGUUAUAAAACGUGAACGAGUGGACGAACGAAGUCGACAGAGAAAUAAAAGAAUGUUCGGCGCAUUAUUAGGAACUUUACAAAAAUUUCGUCAGGAGGAAACAAAAUUGAAGGCAAAGGAAGACAAAAAGGCGGAAGUGGAAGCAAGAGUCGAGGAAGCGAAAAGAAAAGAAAAAGAGGAAUUGAAACGCGAAAAGCAACAGUUGUUCUUGUCUCGCAAACGUCAAUUAGCGGAAGUUCGUGCAUUAGAAAUAAAAUUGACACGCAGUAAAGAAUUUGAAGAAUGGCGCACUGCGCAAUUGCCAUUAGCUGGAUUUAUUCAAACACGAGCGCAGCCACCAAUUUAUUAUUUACCAAAACGAAAAAAUACUCGUACUGAAACUUUAUUGGCCGAGUCUGCGAAACAGCUUCACGAGGAAAUUGAGAGAAGAGAGAGAAAUUUGGUCGAGGAAUUGGAGAAGAUUGAGGGACAAAUCGGUUUUGGGAAAAAUCAGCAGAAUUUCGAAAUUCCUUCACUGUCAGUGACCGUAGAUGACGAGCAACGAUCAUUGAAGGACGGCGAGGAAAAUCGUGAUCCGAAUCCAGAGAUAAAUAAUGGUGAAUUAAUUCAAGACGUAAUAAUGUCGUCACCUCCAAAAGUCAAUCACGACGAUCUUGACGUUUCAAUAAUGAAUAAUAGCGAAGUACAAAAAGAAGAGGAAGUAGAAGUACACGGUAAGGAAGAAGAGGUCGAGGAAGAGGAGGACGAAGAAGAAACUAAUGGUUAACACUGUAACUUUUGUUUUUUUUUCUGUAAAUACUUUCUACUAAAGAUUCAAUUUCUGAGAAAUUAUUUCAAAAACCAAACAUUUUUUUCGAGAUUCGUAUAAUCAAUAAUGUAACAAUAUUAUUUUUAAAAAUAAUAUUCAAAUAUUUGAUACAUAAAUUGAACUUUUUUUACAUUAAAUUUAAUUAAUGUGUAAUAAUUUUUAUUACUCAAUUCGCGUAAUAAUAAAAGAUUUCACUUUUAUUAUGAUUUUCAAUCAUAAAAAUUAAAUAAUUAGCUUUUAAAAUAAUUUUAGUUAAUAAGUAUAAUGUUAAUUAAAAGAAAUUAUUAAAAUUUUCCGUUAUGCUAUAAAUAUACCAAGAUUUUCCAGAAAAGAGAAAUUAUCAGGAAAAAUUAUUUUCCUAUUAAAUGGUAAUUAAAUAUUUGUAAAAUUUUUAAUUAUGCACAAAUUGUACAUAAUUAAUUGUGUGUACAAAAAAUUGUCACUGAAAGCUCAUCCAUAUUACAAUCUAACGAAAUAUUUGUAAUUUUACAAAUGUGAAUAAAUAUUUGAAAAAAUAA